AUGCUUCUAGUUGUUCUAGUUCUCUUGUUUGGUAAUUCAAUAGAACAAACACCACAUGCUAAAGAGGUUAGAAGUAGCGAAGAGUUUGGUACGAGGCUAAUAACUGGUUUACGAGAAGAUGCCAAUUUGGAUUUGUCAGCUGACGAGGAAUACGAAGAUUUGCGAGCUGAAUUACUGGCGUACCACACUGCCUUAGCAUCGCUUGCUUCAUCUCGAAGGUCAAUGAUGACGACGCCAUGUUGGAACCUCGGAGGGAUUUGUAUUGAUAGUAAACUGUGCACUGGUAAUCGCUUCCUCACCGAGGUACCCGGCUGUAAAGAUAAGAUAAGGGUCUGUUGCUUCGCUUGGAAUCGUUUCAAAGUAAGAGAUAUGCGUGAACACGGAAUUGGGGCGUUAGCUAUGCCGUGGAGUUCGCAUCGUGAGUUCGGUGGAAAGGGUAUAAGUGUUAAGGAAAAAGAAAAAAAGACUAAAUUAAAGAAAAAGCGAAAACCGAAGCCAGAAAAUGCGUUACGUUCAAAAGUUGUGGCGGUUAUUUUGAAGUCAUAA